AUGGAUGAUCGAGAAAAGUUUGACACAGGAGGGAAAGCAAGGCUCCAAAAGCCAGCUAACCCUGCUAACUUGAGACAGUCUAGCACGAAGCGAGAUAUGUACAACACGAACUCGAGCACGCCGCUCCAGCCGCACCAAUUGCCACGUCGUGGUACCAAAACUACAGCAAGAGGACAAACAGGCUCAGCCAACAGUAGCCCCUGGGACGAAGCGGCAGCGACUAGUACCCCAGAAAUGCAACUACUCUGUGACAAAUUCGCUGAACACCCUUAUCCGAUUGCGCCAGUCUCCGAUCAACUGGAUGUUACCAGCAUCCCGAUGUCAUGGCCCAGCACCCCAGACAUGGAACGACACGCUGUACCAAUGGAAGACAGCACACACACCACAGAUCCUCAACACUCCUCAGAAGCCGAACACCAAGAACGGUCCGACUCGGAGAACGAAGAGAUGUGGAUGGAAGACCCGACCCCCAAGGAUGAGGAACACGACAGGAACUGGAAGCUUUUGGAAGAAGCGUCCACGAGUAUGAACAAGGCCUGUGGGAACAACUCCUCCCGACAUACUCCCAUUGGUUCGCAGGACUGCCCAAAGCCACAUACAAAAGCCAUGGUGAGAAGAUGGUGGGAAAAGACCUAG